ACGUUGCUUGUGCUUCCGUACGUUACAUCCCCUGUACGCGAUGACGUCAAGCAGGGCUGUUCCUCGGCUCCGGCAGAGAUAGAGCCAGAGGCCGGGAUGUCGGUGCGGUUCUCCCCGUGGUUGCUGCUGGUGAGCGGCGUGCUGGCCGCUGUGCUGAGCGGGGCCGCGGCGGACGGUGAUGGGCUGCCCAGCAAGAAGCUGCGGAUGCAAUACACGGCCGGCCCGCUGCUCAAGUUCCAAAUCUGCAUUUCCUGAGGUUAUCGGCGGGUGUUUGAAGAGUACAUGCGGGUUAUUAGCCAGCGGUACCCAGACAUCCGCAUAGAGGGAGAGAACUACCUUCCCCACCCAUUUUAUAGACAUAUUUCAUCGUUCCUGUCUGUCUUCAAGCUAGUAUUAAUAGGUUUAAUAAUCGCUGGAAAGGAUCCAUUUGCAUUUUUUGGUAUGCAAGCUCCAGGUCUUUGGCAAUGGGGACAAGAAAAUAAGGUCUAUGCCUGCAUGAUGGUUUUCUUCCUGAGCAACAUGAUUGAGAACCAGUGUAUGUCCACCGGAGCCUUUGAGAUCACUUUGAAUGAUGUUCCUGUGUGGUCAAAACUAGAAUCUGGUCAUCUCCCAUCAAUGCAGCAACUUGUCCAAAUUAUUGAUAAUGAAAUGAAGUUAAAUGUUCACAUGGAUGCGAUUCCCCACCACCACCGUUCCUAGCCACGUAUCCAGCACCAGAUUUAUAUUGCUGGUGGACUCUAACCAAGGUAUCAGCGGGGCUGGUGUUUAUGAAGGCCUGCUCUGAAGACAGUUCCUGUUGGUGCAGGCCGGAUGUCUCUCUGCCGUCUCGUUGUACCUUCAAAAGUUCUCGCUGCAAGAUUUUCUGUGUGCUGCCCUCUUGUGAAAUUGUACAGACCGAGUGCAAUGACAUACUGUGUAGUCAUCAGUUUUAUUUCUAAGCCAUUUCUUUCAAUGUUCCAUAGUUCACAUAAUGCUGGCAUUAAAACUUUUUUUUGUUUUAUAUUCAUAAUUUACAGUGUUGGAAUAGGUUAUCUAAUUGUGUUUCUUCCUGAGACAUUUUGUCUUUAAUAUCUAAUUUUUAUAAGAAUCUGUUCUUUUUAUAGUUUAAAGUGAUGCUCUAUCAAAAAUGAAUCCAAUGAUCCGUAACAGUUAGCCAUAAAUGUUUUGUUAUCAAUGUUCUAUAAAAUAAGAUUAUAUUGCAGAUCACUAAGUUAUUCUAAAUUAUAAAAAGAAUUAUUGGCAAUUAAGUGAAAGAUAUAUUUGUGACUACAUUAAAAUAUUCUGUUUGAUGUAUGCAAGUAAUGUAGAGUUUUUAAACUGAGCCUUUAUACUGGUCCUCUUUACAGAAGAUGAAAAUUAAUUUAAAUAAACCUAUCAGUUCAGUAAAACAUCA